AUGGAUGCUGAAUUGAACGGAACAUUUAUACACCUCGGUGGCUUUGUAGAGAUGGUUAAGUAUAGAUAUCUGUACUUUGUGCUCUUGUUGACAGUAUAUACCCUCAUCCUCUGCACUAACUGCACCAUUAUAUGUCUCAUCUGGAUCCACAGGAACCUUCAUGAACCUAUGUACAUUUUCAUCGCAGCUCUGUCACUCAACUCUGUUAUCUUUAGCACUGUUCUCUACCCCAAACUUUUCAUUGAUGUCUUAUCCCCCAAACAGAUCGUUGUUCAUUCCGCUUGCAUGUUUCAAUAUUUCCUCUAUUAUUCUUUCGGCCUUUCAGACUUCCUACUGUUGUCAGCCAUGUCUUACGACAGGUUCGUGUCGAUCUGCAGACCUCUGCAGUAUCCAACUGUCAUGGGGAGGAGAAGCGUCGUUGUCCUCUUGACUUUGGCCUGGUUUCUGCCCGCAUGUGAGGUCGUCGUGGCAACCGUGUUUAAUUCCAAACAGAAACUCUGCGACUUCACAACAACGGGCAUUUUUUGUAACAACACAAUUCUUAAGCUUCACUGUGUGAAAUCAACAUUCCUCACCUUCUAUGGUUUGUUCAUCAUGAUGAAUCUUGUUGUUGCUCCUGUGAUCUUCAUCCUUUUCACCUACGUAAAGAUAUUUAUAGUAACUUAUCACAGGUGCGUAAAAGUCCGGAAAAAAGCGGCAGAGACCUGUUUACCUCACCUGAUGGUUUUGUUCAGCUUCUCUUGUUUAGGUUUAUUUGACGUCAUCAUCGCCCGACUGGAGUCGGAUCUUCCAAGCAUUGUUCGUUUAAUAAUGGCUUUACAAAUACUUGUGUAUAAUCCUCUUUUCAAUCCCAUCAUUUAUGGAGUGAAAAUGAAGGAAAUCUGGAAACACAUCAGGAAAUUGUUUUAUCGACUGGUGAAGCAGGGGCGUCACUAG